UUUCUCAGUUUACGUUGCUUCCUCCCUCGCUAUCAACUCUCUCUUCUAUCUCUCGCCAACCAACAGCAAACUUCUCUCUUUUACUUCUUCCUUCCCGAUAACGGUUUUUCCCUAUUCUCUCUCCCCUUUUCCUAAAUUUCAGCUUGAUUAAGUCAUCUAUGCGCUUGAGUUACUUCCAUGUUGGAUGCUUCUAUUUUAAUACCCACUAACCCAGAGGAGGUUUUAGCUAGCUAGCUAUUUGAAUUGAAGAUUUGCUCGUUUAUAUGGAGAAGAAACAUAAUUCCUUUUCAGCCCUCAAGGAAGAGGUAAUUCGUGCUCUAUCUCCGGCGAGGUCACAAGACAAGACUUCCGGUCGAAGUGUUUCGGCUCUUCUUCGCCGGAGGAGGCGUAGCCGGGGAAUGAAGCCCGAACCGUUGAUUUCACGAUACGGGACCAUGGGCGAGACCCUGACGCCGUUGAUUGAGGGACCUGAUCCGGAUGGAGGAGAAUAUGUGGAAUCGAAGCGGUCUGGAUCGGUGGGUUUUGGACAGUGGGUGAAAGGACAACUCUUUAAGUCCCCCUCAGUCACUUCCAAUUCUAAUUCCAAGCAACGGUCUGACCUUAGACUGCUGCUCGGCGUUCUUGGUGCCCCUCUUGCUCCGAUGCACGUAACCAUUGAUCACAUAUUGCCUCACCUCAGUAUCAAAGAUACUCCUAUUGAAACUUCUUCAGCCCAGUACAUAUUACAGCAAUACAUAGCAGCAUCAGGGGGACAUAAGCUGCUAAGCUCAGUUCGAAAUGCAUACGCCAUGGGAAAACUGAAAAUGGUAAGCUGCGAAUUUGAGACGACAAAAGGUGUGAUGAAGAAGCAAGCAGGAGGAGGUGGAAAGGUUGCAGAAUUGGGUGGGUUUGUUCUCUGGCAGAUGAAUCCAGAUAUGUGGUAUGUUGAGCUCGCUGUUGGAGGAAGCAAGGUUCAAGCUGGAUGUAAUGGUGAUCUCGUUUGGAGGCACACACCCUGGCUUGACGGCCACACUGCUAAGGGCCCUGUCAGGCCCUUGAGACGUGCCCUUCAGGGUCUUGAUCCUAGAACAACAGCUGCAAUAUUUAGCAACGCAAAGUGCAUUGGCGAGAGAAAUAUCGACGGAGAAGAUUGUUUCAUCCUCAAGCUUUGUGCUGAUCCCAGGACAUUAACUGCUAGAAGUGAAGGCCCAGCUGAGAUCAUAAGGCAUGUUAUGUUCGGCUAUUUCAGCCAAAAGACAGGACUUCUAAUCCACAUUGAAGAUUCCCAUCUGACCCGCAUCCAAACAAACGGUAGCGAUGCAGUCUACUGGGAAACUACAGUGAAUUCAAUUCUAGACAAUUACAGACCCGUUGAUGGGAUCAUGAUUGCACAUUCAGGUCAUUCUAUUGUGACCCUUUACAGGUUUGGAGAAACGAUAAUGAGCCACACCAAGAGUAGAUUGGAGGAAGCUUGGACUAUUGAAGAGGUUGCUUUUAAUGUCCCUGGACUUUCUAUAGAGUGUUUUAUUCCCCCUUCGGAUAUUAGAUCGGGAUCUGUAAGUGAAGCCAGUGAACUUUCUGGUGAUAACUAUAGAGGAAAGAAUCCUCAUCAUCCUCUUCUUCCUUUUGCUGGCAAUCGAGCAAAGGUUGCAGCAGUUGAGAGAUCGAAUGAAUGAAGUCUGACAUAACAUGACAAUAAGAGAUGAAUGAAAAAGGUUUGAUUGAAUCAACAAAUGUUUAUAUAAUAAAUGACCUUUUAUAUUUUUACUUAUCAGCUAAUCUACAAAAGUAUGUUUUCUGAGGAAACUACUAAUCUGUAUAUGUCUAUAGAGCAACAACCAUAUAACUACUACAAGUGAGGUUUAUGAUUCUAAUAGGAAAGAAAGUUGCUACUGUUA